AUGCUUUACCUGGAAUUUGGAGUCAUCGGGAGUCAAAAGAAGGGGUGGAUGGCAACAUGUCAAUUAGCCUCCGGUCGCUAUGGAGUUUCUGGUAUUCCAAGCGUGGCCAUGUCCAGCAGCAUCUGCAAAGGCACAGUGGCUGCAGUUGCAAUUCUUUAUGCGACAGAGUUUUCUGGAAACAAGAGCUGGGGUCAGGAACCUGACAUCAGGGCUUCCCGUGGUGACAUGCAGCAGAGGAUUAGGAUGCUGCGUGCUCCAGGCAGCGCGCUGCGAUGCUGCUGGCAGGUGCUUUGCCGAGGAGCCCUGCCAGCUAUCGAUCCGGCGGUGGGACUCACCUCAACGCAACAGUGCUCAGGGCCUGAUUCUCACCAGCACGACACUUUUGAUAACAAGGACGCCUACGAUCCAACUUCCUGGGUAAAUAUUCACCACCUGGAGUAUACAGAUGGAGGAAUCCUGGACCCAGAUGACGUACUGGCAGAUGUUGUGGAAGACAAAGAUAAGCUGAUUGCUGUUUAUGAUGAGCAAGAAACUCACCAUAAGACUGAUGGCACCAAUGGCAACUUGACGGACAGAAAUAGCCCAGACUCUUUUGAGACGGAGGUGGCAGCGCAGCUGGCUGCCUUUCAGCCGAUUGGUGGUGAGAUUGAAGUGACUCCUUCUGCCCUAAAACUGGGCACACCGCUUCUAGUGCGAAGGAGCAGUGAUCCAGCUUUGGGCCCACCUGCUGACUUCCACCCAAGUGCUUCUCAUCCCAGUGACCACAGUCUCAAGCACGUUGUGGCAGGUGCUUCCCAGGCAUCCUUUCAGGAUGGGGAGAUAAACCUCGCUGGACCCACAGAACUGUUGCUGGCUCAGAGGGCCCGACUCCCUGUCAGUGAAAUGACGAAAACAGUGGAGAUUUCUGGGGAAGGUGGACCCUUGGGAAUACAUGUAGUGCCCUUUUUUUCAUCUUUGAGUGGAAGGAUGCUGGGACUCUUCAUCCGUGGUAUUGAAGAAAAUAGCAGAUCUAGGCGUGAUGGGCUUUUCCAUGAAAAUGAAUGCAUUGUGAAGAUUAACCACGUGGACCUUACAGAUAAAACCUUUGCACAGGCUCAGGACAUCUUCCGUCAGGCAAUGAAACUUCAAAGUGUCAUCUUGGAAGUGCUUCCUCCAUAUAAUCGAGAACAAUAUGAGAAGUCUGCUAUUGCUCCUCUUUGUUUUCUGGAUAAUGAAGAAGGAGUUCUAAAAACAAAGAUUCCACCUCCUGUUCAUCCAAAACCUGCUCUGAAAACAAUUAACCUUUCUGGAGCAAGCAGCUUGGAGGCAGGUGUACAGGCAACACUACAGCAAGCUAAGAGCCCCAACCUCCCACAUCUGGGUAGAAAGUCAUCUUCUCCCUCACUGUCUCCCCUUAUGGGCUUUGGCAAUAAAAAAAAUGCAAAGAAAAUAAAGAUAGAUCUGAAAAAAGGUCCAGAAGGACUUGGUUUCACUGUGGUUACCAGAGACUCUUCAGUACAUGGUCCUGGUCCGAUUUUUGUGAAGAAUAUUUUACCAAAAGGUGCAGCAGUAAAAGAUGGUCGUUUGCAGUCAGGAGACCGAAUCCUGGAGGUGAAUGGAUGGGACAUCACUGGCAGGACCCAGGAAGAGCUUGUAGCUAUGCUGAGGAGCACAAAGCAAGGGGAAACAGUCUGUCUGAUUGUAGCUCGUCAGGAGGAGGCUUUUCUACCCCGAGAGCUGAAAGGAGAGCCAAACUGCAGUAUUCUUUCUCCAGAAACCACAGAGCAGCUGACCUUUGAGAUUCCUCUGAAUGAUUCUGGCUCUGCUGGACUUGGUGUGAGCCUAAAAGGCAACAAAUCUCGGGAGACUGGAGCUGAUCUUGGGAUUUUCAUUAAAUCCGUUAUUCACGGAGGUGCUGCUUUUAAGGAUGGUCGUUUGCGAGUAAAUGAUCAGCUUGUUGCAGUAAAUGGGGAGUCACUUCUGGGCAAGUCAAAUCAUGAGGCUAUGGAAACAUUGAGGCGCUCCAUGUCCAUGGAGGGGAACAUUCGUGGGAGGAUCCAGCUUGUAGUUCUCCGAAGACUAGAGGUGCAGAUAGAGGAACGCUCGGACCAGGGACUCUUCCAAAAAUCAGCCUUUGAUGGAAGUCAUAAUUUUGCAGCUGCUUACCGGCGCAAUGAUACUGUUCUCCAGCAAUUUGUCACGUGCAGUCCUCAGGAAAGAAUAAAAGAGUUGCCGGUGUCUGAUCGUGGCAAUGGUGAAAACGAAACCCCUCCACCUCUCCCACCGCAUCCCAGUGAGGAUCUGUUGAAUGAGGAUUAUAAUCAUAGCUCUAUCAUAAAUUCAGCAGUGCAUUUAACAGAACAGCACAUCAACUUCAGAUCUUUAACGCCAGCCCAGCAGUCUGAAUCAAUUAAUCUGAAAGCCUCAAAAAGCAUGGAUCUGGUGGCAGAUGAAAGCAAGGUUGGCUUGUUGGCCGGACACAGAUCGGACUCAUCUGGCAAAGACUUUGGUCCUACUCUGGGACUAAAGAAGUCCAGUUCUCUCGAGAGUCUUCAGACUGCUGUGGCUGAAGUUAGGAAGAACGAACUGCCUUUUCACAGACCCAGGCCUCACGUGGUUCGUGGUCGGGGAUGUAAUGAGAGUUUCCGAGCUGCCAUUGACAAGUCUUAUGAUGGACCUGAAGAUGGAGAAGAGGAUGGUUUCUCUGAUAAGAGCUCUCACUCUGGUCAAGAAGCUCAGAACAUGGAAUCUGCCCCUCCGGGGAACCCUGAAAUAGAAGAUGCAGAAACCAAAGCAAAAAAGGACAAAAAAAAUAGAGAUAAAGAGAAGAAAAAGGAAAAGGGCAAAGCUAAAAUCAAGGAGAAGAAAAGGAAGGAAGAAAAUGAAGAUCCAGAAAGGAAAAAGAAGAAAGGCUUUGGUGUCAUGUUGAGGCAUUUUGCUCCUCAGACUUCCAGUCUACCUUCUGGAUAUUUCUUGAGCAAGAUGAGAACCUUUAGAUUUGGAAAGAAAAAAGAAGAUAAAAGUGGGAAAACAGAUCAGAAGGGGAAUCCAAAGCAAGGCAUGCUUAAAGAGGAGGAGCUGGAGAAAAUGAAAGAUGAACGUGAAAGGAUUGGUGCAAAGCAUCAGGAGUUACGGCAAAAGCAGCUGAGAGGCCUGAGUGAUUAUUCUACUGGUCCUGGAGGACCUGACAUUGAUGAUGAUGAGACGGAUCCAAAUUAUGCCAGAGUAAACCACUUCCGAGAGACUUAUCCAGCAGCAAGCGUCUACAGGCCAUCAUCACCAGCAGUAGCAGAAACCUUUGUAUUUCCACGUGAUUCUUCUUCAGCACCAAUGGAGAGGGAGCACUUGGAAGGACUGUAUGCAAAAAUAAACAAGCAACACUAUCCACAGACUCCUGGUGACAGUGGCUGCACAGGUGGUGGGAAUGCUGAUCGUAUCCAGAAGUUACGGAAGGAGUACCAUCAGGCCCGACGAGAAGGCUUACCUUUCUAUGAGGAUGAUGAAGGAAGAACACAGCCAUCUGAUUACGACCAGCGUUGGGUGCCUGGAAAAGGUCCAGAUGGGAGCUCAUACAAUCUCCACUUCGAGGGGAUGGAAAGGCAGUAUGCAUCCUUGCCCAGGCGUGGACCUGCAGAGCCACUGGAAUAUUUAACAGGGCCACGAGUAAUAUACAAGGAGAGAGAUCUUCCCUACUACCAAGGAGGACCGCCUGUUGUCCACUCCUCUAAGGGGAACUACAUCCGUGCACCAGACACAAGAGUGGCAGAAUUGAGGUACCCCCAGUACUACCCAGCCCAGCCUGUCACAAACCAGCACAAAGGACCCCUCCGGCAGGACGUGCCUCCUUCCCCUCCUCAGUCCCACCGAGCACCAGCUUAUAAUGAAAUUGUCCGACACCGUGGGACCAGUCCAGACCAGUACCAGUACAGGCAACAGGAUCCCAGGCAGAAGAACCCCAUGACUGCAGCUGUAUAGCCAUGCACUGGACUGCAGGCACAGCCCGGGAGCAAUCCCGUCGGACGUCACCCUUGUAGAGUUGUUCCCAAGCGUAGUUGCCUGUAAGUGGCACACGAGACCUGGAGUCGUUCUUACUGAGCUGGGCUCAGCAUAGGUGCUUCCUAACAGGCAAACCCACGUGAGGUACGAUGUGUUUUGAGUAUGUGAGGUACCAAACAGUUGAGUAUUUUUUAAUUCUUUUUAAAAGCAGAAAGUGGCUGCUGGAACUCUUAAUACACCUCAGGGCUAUUUACCGAAUCCAGUUACACCUAUACAGUCCGUCUGUAUAAGGGCAGUGGUGUCACCAGAGUUUACUUCAGAGUGCUGUAAUAGAGCCUUUAAGUGAGAACACAGCAUGCAGUAUGGACUUCGUGCAGAGGUGGGGAUCUCGUGUAAUCCAGUGUGUGAUCGUGAGUUGACAAGGGACUGCCACAGAGGUAGCAGCCGCGUUCCAGUCAUGUUCAGACCAGCACCUCUGUGCUUUAAGGAUGCUGCAGUUUCAGAUUUGUAAUCUGGCCUCUGUCUUCCUCUUUGUGUUUGGUGGUGGCAGCAAUCUUGUAGCCUUCAUUUUUUGCAGUUUGCGUAGCAAGAUUCUCCACUUCUUGCACCUGCUGCAUUUGGAGUAAGGCAAAAAGCUUUAUCUGCCAUGCAGCCAGCCACCUGAGAAGUGUGUCUGUAGAUGUGCGUGUGUGUGCUUGUGAGUGUUUCUUAGUUAUAUAGUGUGCACUCUUUAAGUGUGAACCCUGGAGAUCAGAUCCUCAGCUGCUGUCAGGAAGUGUCGCUCCUGCGGUUUCAGUGGAGCUGGCCUAUAGGAAGUGACUGAGGAGGUGACCGCAGGCAUGGACUCCGUAGUUCCUAUUACUAUAUCAGGUGCCGCCUUGGCUCCGGCAGGGCAGCCCCUUCCCGGCCUGCUCUGGCCAGGGUCGCAGCGAAGUGCCUGCCAGCAGCAUGCCAGCCACUGUGUGAAGGCGCCCGCUGGUGCGGAGCCCACUGCCAGGCUCUGCCAAGUGCCAAACUACUCGAGUUCUUGCAGCCAGGGGCCAUCAGGCCAGCGGGGAAAGGGGCUUUUCACAGCAAGUGGGGAGGGAAAAGACUAGGAAAGCGACAGGGAGGGCUUCAACACCCUGGGGCCUAGGAGGAAGAGGAAAGAAUAGCUGUUUGUAGCAAGUUAUUUCUGCAGUGCAUAGGAGGAGAGAAGGUGUGGGUGAGGAGAGAGGCUGGCAGCGCAGCAGAGCCGUGGGGGCACAGGGCAGUGGGGUACAUGCCGAGCUCUUUGCCCUGCACAGCCUGAGCUUGCGCUGCAGCUGGCCAGCCUGGGAGGUCAGGAAUGCAUGUCCCCAGUCACGAGGACCUGUGCUACCCAGCCCAACAGGGCUGUGGGUGCUCAGAGAUUCGUCUCAAGGAUCUUGUCGCACGGAAUCCAUACAGUCUUGCCACCUAGAAAUACAUUUUGUGAAGUUUCAAAGUGUCCUUAAUUCCUCAACUUCUGCCUUUUGGGAGUGCUAUUAAACCGUUUGGGCUCCUCUCUUCAUCAGGGAGAGACUGUGACCUGGCCUAGGAUUAAGCACAGGGAUUUCUUUGAUGUCUUUUUGACACCUUUGGUAUGCAACAGAUUAAAUCACAUGGGUCACUUCCCAGGUAUUAAGUAUCACCAGGAAGGUUUGUCCUGCUAGGAGCAUGUCUCUUUACUAGAUAUCCCUGGGAACAGGGCUUGUUAGAGUAAGAGGUCCGUAAGGUGCAGGGCAGGGUGUGUUUGUGCACUGCUGCUUUUCAGGGGCCGCUGCCAGUAGGUAAUGGCCCUGAUGAGAAGCAUCGUUUAAUCCCAGCCAACAUUUAUUCUGUGCUGCUAAUGCUGGUGAGAGACUGACAUAACCCUGAAGUACAGGGAGCACUUGCAGCUGCCCCGCUGGCUGGUAGACUCUAGCAUUUGCAUUCACACCAAUCUCUACCCACCGGACAGGCUGGGAAGCAGAGGAGAGGAGACAGCUUUGGGUGGUGGGGAAACAUCUCUGUGAUUCAGAUACAGGGCUGAACUCCCUGGGGCAGGGGCAGGCAAGCUCUAAAUCCAGUCAGGAGGAAGCACUGGUGGGAGGGAGAGGAAUGCAACCGAUUAUGAAGCAACAGUGUUCGGUUCUUGUUCCAUUUCUUUCUGCCCUCUUCCCUAGUAAUGUAGGAGGGAAAAACCUCUGGAGGGAGGGUUGGAUGUAAAGCUGGAUGUCUCUUGGUACCCUCCAUAAAUAAGGCACAUUCCCCAAGGAAACUCUGCCUGUCAUGUACGUGCUGUACACAGCCUUGUACUUCUCUCAAAGAGUUUUAGAUGCUGUAGGAUACUCAGCCAGGACUUGGCAGCCACAGGGUAGCUGCUGGUGUUAUGAAGGCCCGCUGAAAGUGAAGCGAAAACAAAUUAAAAUACUUUCCUUUCCCUUCUUGAAAUAUAACCCCCGAUACAUUUGAUCCAGCUGUAAAGAAACUAAUAUGUUUGCGACAGUGGCUUUAUCAAGCCAGGCCACAAUUAAAACCAGCUCUGAAUAUAAGCUACUGCCUUUAUAAAUCACUCUCAACUAUGGCAUCACAGCACAGGGAACAGAACUUAUUUACAGUAUUUCAAGAGCCAGGGCCAAAUAAACUCUGGAUGGAAACAGCUCCCGGGUUAUUUAUAGCCUUUGAAGGACCUGCGCAAUUGUCUCCCCGUAACCUGAAUCUCUCCUGAAGAGCUCCCCUUGACUGCAUCGGCUCCACUUGGUUGAGGCGGACAGAUCAAACAAGCACCUUCUGAGCUGUUAAUCUUACCCAACAGGUUAUUAAAUUAUGCUUCUGCUGUUAGAUCAGUACAGAGCUGCUUCUUAAAAAAAAAAAAAAAAAAAAGUAUAAUAUAUGGAUGCAUCCUACAGAUGAGGAGCUAAGGAGGAAGAACAGUCUGACCUAGCUGGGGAAACAAGACCAAAAAGUAUUACAGAGCAUCUCAUCAAUCUCUGGUGCCAUUGUUCUGGGAGAAAAUUGCCAUUUGCUGGUUUAAUAUCUGGUAGAGGUACGGUAUGUUCAGAAGUAUAAUGUGUAACUACAGUAUAUAUAGUCAGCUUCUCUGCAGUGUAAAAUGUAUGAUUUUAGCACCAUAUUGUGGAAAAAUAUGUACCGUGCAGAAUUCACGAGGUGCUACAACUGACGGUUGAAAAUACACACUUGCAAAAUCCAAAAGAGCCGUUAAGUAACAAGUUGUUCUUUUCCCCAUAUGUCCAUAUGUUUGGGAAAAUUACGAGUCUGAAAUGCUCUUGACACGUAAUUGCCUCACACUCCCUCAUCCAAAAUGUGCCAGUCCAGCAGUAAAGUUACUGACGUAGCGGGCGUGAAGGGAGAGUUUGGGUUUGCCACAGGAGCAGCGUGCCAUAAGUGUGCGUGUGAACAGGAGUCAAGACAAGGGGGAAAGAGGCCCGCUCUAACGUGAAGCUGGAAGCUUUGAUUUCCUGAGCUGGUGGCGUGCAGCCUGCAUUUCUGGCUCUGGCGUGGGGCCAGCCAGGCCCAGCAGUUGAAAGAUUAAGAGAUAGAAAAAGAGCCUGUGGAUUUUCUGAGUGACCACCCACUAGUGAGCCACGAUCUUGGCCUGCAAGCAGACAUUACCACUGUGAUAUAUUAUGAUGCAGAAGUCUCUAGGCACCCCUCGAAUGCAUAAAGAAAUAUCAAUUGCCCUUUGUG